UACCUUGCCCUGUCGCCUUCCUUCUGUGACAGCUAGUGAUGUUCUACUCAAAAGUGCAGUUGCUGACCUAGGGUAUUAAAGCCUCAUCUCAGGCAGCUGUUGUAGCUCCUGGAGCAGUAGAGACACCUGGCACCAUUAACUAUGGGAGGAGAGAAUGAGCAGCAGCUGCCCCUGCUUCCACAGACUCCUGAUUGACCAGCAGUAGCUGUUGCUCCUGACCAGGAUAGGGGUCUGGACUUUCCCUCCCUGCAGACUAUGCUGCUGUUUUCUAGGUGGGGGUGAAGAACUCCAGGCUGCCCCUUUAUCCCAAGAGGCAGCAGUGAGUUGGGCUGGAGAGUGGCUUGGCUAAGGGUGGAGAUGUGCUAUCGCUGACCCAGUGCAGUGUUGACUGGGCUGAGAACCGGAAGCCAGUUUAAGAGGAGGACUGAAACUAUAAAAAAGAGGGACAAACGCACCAAGGGACCCCUUCCUUCUCUCCGCUCAUUGCAUUCACUGCAUCUGAAGAGACAAAGGAAGAAGCUGUUGGACUCCAGGGGAAGGGUCCUGAUCUAAAGAUUUUGCUUGCUUCCUGCAAAAUACGACCCUCUGGCAGCUUUUGUGUGUUGUGCACAAGCAUGAACAAAUCAUGAAUGAUGUCUGCAAAGGUGUACACAGCAGAGCUUGAAGAACCCAUUCCCUUUAAGUCCAAAGUCCAAGCUGUUUUUGCAGACUUUGUCCAGGAUCUACAUCUACUGGAAGAGCAGAAGACUGAACUCCCAUUUUCUAGCCCAUAGAGAGAGAGAGACUAUCGAAGUAAUGGAAUUCUGUGAGACCACACUGUACCUUUGAAAGCAUGUUGAUCAGACUUCUAAAGAUGACUCAUAUGCCACUCCAUGUCAGCAGCACAGGUGCUGGGUUGUGUGCGGUGGUGAUGCUCAGGACCUCUACUAUUGAGCUAGUGGAAAGCUGUCAAGGAGGAACUCUGAGGAGUCCAACGGAUGAAUGGUGAUCUCUGUGGAAGAGAAGCCCUCUGGAGAUGGAACAGCAGGAUCAGAUUCCCCAGAUCAGUUAUGCCUCAACUGCACCAGAGUUAAGUGAUGACAGGCGCUAUGAUUUCUUCUCACGAGUGGUCCCUCCAGAUUCCUUCCAAGCACAGGCAAUGGUUGACAUUGUAAAAGCUUUGGGGUGGAAUUACGUGUCAACGUUGGCAUCUGAAGGAAAUUAUGGAGAAAAAGGAGUGGAGUCCUUCAUGCAGAUUUCCAGAGAGGCAGGUGGCCUCUGCAUUGCCCAGUCACUGAAAAUUCCCCAGGAUCGCAAAGAGAAGGCCAUCGACUUUGAUAAAAUUAUCAAGCAGCUCCUGGACACUCCCAAUGCCAGGGCCGUCGUUAUUUUUGCCAACGACGAGGACAUAAAGCAGAUCCUUGCAGCAGCAAAAAGGGCUGAUCAAGUCGGUCAUUUUCUGUGGGUGGGAUCAGACACUUGGGGCUCCAAAAUAAAUCCGCUAAUUCAGCAAGAAGACAUUGCUGAGGGAGCAAUCACCAUUCUGCCUAAGAGAGCAACCAUAGAGGGAUUUGAUACCUACUUUACCACGCGCACCCUGGAGAACAACAGAAGAAAUGUGUGGUUUGCAGAGUAUUGGGAGGAAAACUUCAAUUGCAAGUUAACGAUUAGCGGAUCAAAAAAAGAAGACACAGACCGUAAAUGCACAGGGCAGGAGAGAAUUGGAAAAGAUUCCCAUUAUGAACAAGAGGGGAAAGUUCAGUUUGUGAUUGAUGCUGUGUAUGCCAUGGCUCAUGCCCUCCAUCAUAUGAACAAGGAUCUUUGUGCUGAUUACCCUGGGAUCUGUCCGGAGAUGGAACAAGCAGGAGGCAAGAAAUUGCUGAAGUAUAUACGCAAUGUUAACUUUAAUGGCAGUGCUGGCACUCCAGUGAUGUUUAAUAAAAACGGUGAUGCACCGGGGCGCUAUGACAUCUUUCAGUAUCACACAACAAACACCACCACUCCAGGCUAUCACCUGAUUGGCCAGUGGACCGAUGACCUGCAGCUCAACAUUGAAGACAUGCAAUGGGGUAAAGGAAUACGCGAGAUCCCAUCCUCUGUUUGCAGUCUGCCUUGUAAACCAGGUGAAAGGAAGAAGAUGGUGAAAGGGAUGCCGUGCUGUUGGCACUGUGAGCUCUGUGAUGGAUACCAGUACCAAGCUGAUGAGGUGACAUGUUUGCUCUGCUCAUAUAACGAGCGACCUAAUGAGAACCGCACUGGAUGCCGCCCUAUUCCCAUUGUGAAAUUGGAAUGGCACUCUCCAUGGGCCGUCAUACCAGUCUUCUUGGCUAUGCUUGGAAUUAUUGCCACCAUUUUUGUAAUGGCGACCUUCAUUAGAUAUAAUGACACUCCCAUCGUCCGGGCUUCUGGAAGGGAACUCAGCUAUGUCCUGUUGACCGGAAUAUUUCUUUGUUAUAUAAUUACUUUCCUGAUGAUUGCCAAACCAGAUGUUGCAGUGUGCUCCUUCCGACGUAUCUUCCUGGGCUUGGGGAUGUGCAUCAGCUAUGCAGCCCUUUUAACUAAAACAAACCGCAUCUACCGCAUAUUUGAACAGGGCAAAAAGUCAGUGACAGCACCUCGGCUUAUAAGCCCAACAUCGCAGCUGGCGAUCACUUCGAGUUUAAUAUCAGUUCAGCUUCUAGGGGUUUUCAUUUGGUUUGCGGUUGAUCCACCCAACAUCAUCAUAGAUUAUGAUGAGCAGAAGACUAUGGACCCUGACCAAGCCAGAGGAGUUCUCAAAUGUGACAUUACGGAUCUACAAAUCAUUUGCUCCUUGGGGUAUAGCAUUCUCCUAAUGGUUACAUGUACUGUGUAUGCCAUCAAGACUCGGGGUGUCCCAGAGAAUUUUAAUGAAGCUAAACCCAUUGGAUUCACUAUGUACACUACCUGUAUAGUAUGGCUUGCCUUCAUUCCAAUAUUUUUUGGUACUGCACAGUCAGCUGAAAAGCUCUACAUACAAACUACCACACUUACAAUAUCCAUGAACUUAAGUGCUUCAGUGGCCCUGGGGAUGCUUUACAUGCCGAAAGUGUACAUCAUCAUCUUCCAUCCUGAACUAAAUGUCCAGAAACGGAAACGCAGCUUCAAGGCCGUAGUGACGGCAGCGACCAUGUCAUCACGGCUUUCGCACAAAGCUAGCGACAGGCCCAAUGGGGAAGCAAAAACAGAACUUUGUGAAAAUGUAGACCCAAACAAAUGCAUACCACCAGUAAGAAAGAGUGUACAAAAAUCUGUUACUUGGUACACUAUUCCACCUACAGUAUAGCUUUUGCCUGCUUUCCAAGAAGGCCCUGCUGCAAAAAAGAAGUAUGUCAGUUAUAAUAACCUGGUUAUCUAGUCCAUUUCUUCAGACAGAGUUGAGGAAGGAUGAAGAUUUUCAUCCAUUCAGUCACCCAAACUGCCAUAUGCCUCUCCCUGACCUGCAGUGUAUCCACCACUGGAGAAGCUUAAAGGCCAGGCAGUUAAUAUGGAGACCAAUGUCAGAGGACCAAGCGUUCUGAACAGCUGCUAUAUGAAAUAUCCUUAAUUAUUCUUGGCUUAAUAAGUCACUGGCACUGUGGGCUGUGACCUUGGACCUUCUCUAUGUAUGGGAAGUAUGAAAACUGAGUACCCAGCUCGAAUACAUGAGUACCCAGCUCUUUAUGGGUGAACUGCAUUUAGCGACAGUGACUUUACAGGGGCUAAUUCUGUCUUUAUAUGUACUUCCAGACUGCAAGUUUUUGAAAUUUCUGUACAGUUUGUGAGGAAUUUUGCAUAUUUCCAUCCAUGUUGUUUCAAAGAUUCACUGUUUGUUUUGAAUGCACAGUUGCAUUGAAGACCUAUUCUCUCAGAUGUUAGCACAUUAAAAACAAAUCUGAGGAUUUAAAAGAACUAUGUACAUGACUUGUAUAAUUAUUAUUGUAUCACUGCAAUCCAUAUUUUUUUUUAAAUUCAACAACAAGAACAAAAAGUUAUUUAAAGACCAAAAACUGUGCUGGCGAAGUGAGCCCCUGCCUUUCAUAAGUAUGAUGGGCUGCAGAUGAAGCAAGAAGGAUAUUGCUUGGUUUUAAUAGAGGUCUUGAUAUGUGGAAUGCAUGCCAGUAAUGUAUUUUACAGUACAUGUUAAUAAUUUGUUUGAUAUUUGUAUUUGUGUUCUAUUUUGUUAUUUUAGUUAAGAUAUAUGACUAUUUUGCAAUAAUUUCAAUUAUUCUUACAAUAUUUGGAAGAAGGAAUAUGGCUUUUACAUGUCUUAAGGUUUUUCUUUGUUGAUGCCCACCAUGAUUGACCAGUGUGAUGAGGACUUAAAAAAAAAAAAAAAAAAGCAUGUAUGUUUUAUACUGUUUGUAAUAAGUAAUUUCGUUAAUCUUGCUGCUUAUGUGCCAAUUAGUGAAAACAAUCUUUCCGGCAAACUCCUCCCCCCUUUCCAUUCUCUCUCGAUCCUGUGAUA